AUGGCUGACAAUAAAGCGAAGUCAACCAAACCUGUGAAUAAGACUCCUCCAAAGUCACCUUCAGAUCCAGCAAAGGACCGAGCAGCAAAACGAUUAUCCUACGAUUCAAAUAGCUCCCAUGAGGGAGCUAUGGCAGGAGAAAUAAGUGCUCUGGAAGAGGCCUUUAGAAAAUUUGCCAUCCAUGGUGAUACAAGAGCCACAGGAAAAGAAAUGCAUGGGAAGAACUGGUCAAAGCUAUGUAAGGACUGUCAUGUGAUAGAUGGGAAGAACGUGACAGUUACAGAUGUUGACAUUGUCUUCAGUAAAAUCAAGGGAAAGUCUUCCAGAACUAUCACUUUUGAGCAGUUUAAGGAAGCUCUUCAAGAACUCUCCAAGAAGCGAUUUAAAGACAAGAGUGAUGAGGAAGCAGUUCAAGAAAUAUAUAAACUAAUUGAAGGAAAAGCCCCAAUUAUAUCUGGAGUAACGAAAGCCAUUUCAUCUCCAACUGUAUCACGCCUUACAGAUACAUCAAAAUUCACAGGUUCUCACAAAGAGAGGUUUGAUCCCAGUGGGAAAGGAAAAGGCAAAGCUGGCCGAGAAGAUCUGGUGGAUGCUUCGGGAUAUGUAUCUGGCUAUAAGCAUGCAGGCACAUACGAUCAUAAAGUACAAGGAAGCAAGUAAGGCUGAGGGUUUACAAUAUAGAGGGAGAAAGGGAGGGGGAAAGAGAAUAUAUUUGUCAGAAGGAUGUAGAUGAAUCCCACAUGUUUUGGUUAUUGUGAAUGGUAAGACUAUGUUGUCAAGAAGUUGUUUUCUGGAACUGGAACUGAUUUCAACAUUUGCUGAGCUACUUGCAGCACAACACCACUUCAUUACAUUCCUCAUGCGUAUAUUGGCAAAAAUAAAUAUAUCGGUACAAAAAUUACAUCAUUUUGUUGAGCUUUCGACAAAAGAAAAAAAAAAAGAAAAACAAAGUCAAGAGCAGUUAUACUUUGUCAAU